AUGCUGCACCCUGGCGGAGAUAUAAAAUUACCUUCCUUGAAAAAACUGUCUCUUACUACUGUUUUUGCAGAUGAUAUCGUAGUCAGCAAACUUUUGGCUGGCUGUCCUCUGAUUGAAGACUUAAAUUUCAUUUGGUGCUUUGGUUUCAAGACUCUACAAAUACUUGAUCAUCAUGCUAAUCUCUUAAAACUCCGCGUGGAACGGCUUGAACAUCUUGAACAAAUUAAGUUGGAAGCACAUAAUCUCCGUUCAUUGGAACUGCAUGGUCCAUCUUGGCCUUCUAGAUUGGAGGUGGUCUCCUUGAAAAAUUUGACGAGCUUAAUAAUAUCUAAAGCUCCUAUUACUGAUAAGUGGCUGAAUGAGCAAUUGAAUAAAUUUGCUCACCUGGAAAACCUGAAUUUGUUUAGUUGCCCUAUGUUGACCAGUAUUAAGAUUUGGAGUUCCCAUAUUCAUACACUUCACAUAAGUUCUUGCAAAGAGCUAGCAAGAAUUGAGAUUGAUACGCCUAAUUUAAGCAUCUUUUCAUACUCUGGCGAUAUAAUUUCAUUUUCUUCAAAUGAUUUGAUCCUAUCCAAGGUUAUGUUGUGUUUAGAAUCUAAAAUUAUGGAUGUUUCUUGGUACAUUAGAUGGAUUGAAUUUCUCGAUAAGUUCAACCAACAUUGCAAGGUACUGAAUUGGAAGUUGACAAGUACAACAGGAAAGAGCUUUCUUAUUCCAAAGGAAAUAAGACAAAUCUUAUCUCCUCCAUUAUGUAAAGUGAAAGAAUUGAAGCUUUCAAUUUCAAAUCAAGAUGAGAGUUUUACAACUGCCGAACUUGUGGAUGCUAUGCUGUGGAUUUCUCCUCAUCUGCAAAGUCUACACAUAAAAUCUUUUUUUAAGGUAUGA